AUGGCCGGGAAAGUUUUCUUGGUGUUUGCACUGCUGGUUGCACUGCUUGUAUCCGGUGCAGCCUCUUCACUUGGAGAUGCCAGAGACACCAAUGAAUUCCAGCAGCUUCUUGCCAAGAGGAUGAAAGUGAGAGACUCAGCUGUCAAAAAGGAGCCAACACCCCAUGCUCACUCACCCCGAACGCAGAGGCGAGCACACCUGUCUGAGGAAGAACGUGAGAUAAUGACCAAGCAAGUAAUGCAAGCUAUCUCAGAGAUGAUGACUUCUGACUGCAUGUUGGAUCGGGACUACCAGGGCUGGGUGGACUUUGGACGCCGUGACACAGAGUGA